AUGCUGAACUAAUUGAUUUACCAGCAAUAAUUAGCUGCAUAACUUGCUUAACUUCAAGCUUUAAUAGCAGUAUCUUAAAGACAGCAACCUGUACCUCAGCCUCACUAUUUCAUGAUGAAUCCAAUCUAAUCGUAGCUUGGAUGCAAUAUACCAAUUUGCACAACUAUUUGUCAAGUGCCUAAUUGCCCUGAGAUUGCAGAGCCUUGCAACUAAGUAAUCUGCCAUUAAAAAUGUGAAGAAGAUGAUGAGGACUCUGAUCAUGAAUGCGUUGAUGAUGAAAUAGACCAAAAUAUUGGUAAAAGAAAGUCAUCAGUCAGUAUCCAAGAUCUUAAUAAUCAGGUAUGUAAUACUUAAAUCAAUCAGUGUCACUUGGCUCAUCAAACUACAUGUUCAGAAGUUAUCCAUCCCUGCGAAGUAGUUGUGACACAUAGCCAUCAGGAGUAACAUUGUAUCCACGAUAUUCAUAAGAAAAGAGAUCACAAGUAGUGUAAUAAGCAUAAAAGGAGAAACAAGAAAAACGAUGCAUCUCAGAAUCUUAUUAAUGAUGGCGAUCUUAGCGAAGAAGAAAAUCGGCAAUUCAAGAAAAUUAAGAAUCAAAUAAGCUGCCACAUAACCCAAUUUACUGAUGAAAACGAUAGUUAAGAGAAGUUGGAGUAUCAAUGCCAACUUUUUUUAGUAAAUAGAGAUAGAAAUGCUGAUAAUGUUAGCUUUGAGAGUUAAGAGACAAGCUCCAAGUCAAAGGCCAUUAACAGAAUCAUCCUAAACUCAAAUAUCGACCAGCUUAAGACCCUAGUUGAGGAAUUCAAGCAUUCUAAAGAAAUCAUCCUUCAUGGAUGUCCCCGUAUUCAAAAUUAAACUAAAAGAGGAUCAGUCUUUCGUGGUGUAUCUAAGAACGGCAAGAAGUGGCAAGUGAUGGUCAUGGGCAACAAUUGUAAGUAUUUUUCGGGAUCGAUAACUAGCGAGAGACUUGCAGCUCGUAUUUAUGACCGAUUUGCUCUUUAGCACUUUGGACUAAGAGCCAAAACCAACCUAGACUACACAAAAGACUCAUUAUAGCAAAUCAUUAAUGAGAUCCAAACUUAAAUUUAGGAUGAUAUUGACUUUGAGGGAUGCUGUAAGAAUGUCAUUUUGUUGAAGGGAGUAAUAGCUCUUCAAGAAGCAGAAUGA